GGGAAGCUGAGUGUACUCCCCAAACACCCCUCAUUCUCCGACGAAGAGACGAACAACGAAGGGAAGAAAGGAAGAAAGGGCACAAGACAACGAGACAGCGGAAACAACGGCGGAUCAGCAAAACAAAGUUGGCAUAAACAGUCCAAGGGCCGUGUGCAGUGCCCAUCUCUACCCGCAUAGCCCCCCGCCACAUCGAGCCCCUCCACCAACAACCAGCCUCCAAAUCUACUACGUCUGUACAGAUCCAAUACGUCUGAGUACUGCGUACGGAUACCUUACCUCGAGAAAGCUGUGGUGUCUACCCCCUCCACCCUCAACUCGCCAAGCUCAGUGUGCCACUUGCACGACUCCAUUCGCAACCCACCACUCAUCCCAAAGCUUCCCUGGCCCGAUUUGACCGAGCGAGCCUCGUGUGUUGCUGCUUCCGUUGCGACCGCUGCUACUGCUGCUUAUGCUUGCCUUGGGAAAAUCGAUGCAGAAGCGAGAAUAAGCUGCAUCAGCCCAGCUGCAUCCACUCAGAACCUAGGUACCCUGUUUAGCUGCUUCACCUUGCUGAGGUACGCAAGUCGCGCGACCUUGUGGCUUGGGCUGAGAGGUCUUGUUUCUGCUGGUCACUGCUCUCGAUUCUUCUUCUCUUCCACCCCCCAUUCCGCACUCUCUCCAACAACCGCCCGCCGGUCACAUCUCCAGACUCCGGAACAGAGCGCCGCUUUCUCCAACCCCUCCGACCUGACUUUGCGCCAACUCCCAUCAACGCCCAUCUCGACGCUGGAACGCGCACUACUAGCAGUACCCCCCACAGCGCCCGACUCGACGAAGCCAAACCCCAGGCUACCGGCCAACCGCGAUCCGUUCAUGUAAUGCCGCCGCUUGGCCUUGCGCUCUGCUCUUGCUGUUGCACGUCCCCGAUAGCUUGGACUCGACUGUCUGGACCCCACACCCACCAGGCGGCAACGCGCGCAGCGCCUAGGAAGCACGACUGCCGCCCACCGACACACAUGAGAACCUCACCUCUGUCAUCCGCCCAACGCCAUUACCACUUCCACGCCGACGAGAGACGCAUCCUGGAUACUCUGGCGAUCCAGCCAGUAUGGCCGCCUUCGUGAGGGUUUCUGGUCCGCCCAACAGCAGCUUUCUGGUCGGCUACCCGGGCAUUUCUGCGACGCUACCCCGAAUCGAAGGCAAAGUCGAGAUCCGUCCAUCGCAGGGCUAUUCCAUGCCCGUUUCCGUCUCGCUGGUACGCAUUUGUCUACAGCGGAGAGAAACAAUACACCCCGCCGCGGAGAAUGUUGCGAAGAGGCACCUGGGAACCCCGAGAAGGGAAACGACGGACGUAGUCGGCAAAGAGCUUCUGCUGUUCAGAUGUCAAUCAGGAAAGGAUGCUGAGAGCGUUAUUGCGAUGGACCUGCCGUUCGUCCUGUUCAUCCCGUUUGGAAGAGGUGGCGAAGAAACGAACCGACGAAUACCCCCGGCAUCAUUGCAACUCCCCAGCCGAACGGCCGAGACGUACUACGAGCUUGUUGUUACCGUGCAACAAGGACACACCCUACAGAACAAAUACUCCUUUCCUAUACCACUCCAGCGAUACGACACUUUGUCGACCUUCGGCAUGUACAACAAGCCAGAGUCGAGGCAAGUCAGCGACGCAAGCGUUGUCACACUGGGCAUCUCGGUUCCUAAAUGGAGCUACGGCCCGCUAGACCCGAUAACAGUCUAUAUAAAACUAGUACCCAAUCCCGACUGGAUGAAGAAAGCGUUGAAGGUUACGAUCCAGAAGAUCACCGUCACCAUCGAGGAGGAGAUUACGUACAACCCGGAAGGCGACGAGCCUACGAAAAAGGUCAAUAAAGUUGCCAAGAACACGCAGUUGGUCAAUACAAAAAUGCCCGAGGCUGGAUACGCAACAAAUCUGGGCUUAGUGUUUCCCUCCAAGGACUUGCGCGAUCCGGACGGCAUCAUUCGCAGAGGAAAACCGGCGUUUCCGCUCUAUGAAGUUACUUCAUUCACGACGAGCUCAACCUUAUACAAGAUUGAGUUUUAUUUGACUGUCAAAGCGCAGCUAGGAUCGACCAGAGAUUUGACCGUCAGGCAGCCGCUAGUUAUUUGCCCAAUGGACCAGCAAGCGUGUAAAGAGGAAAUGGACGCCAUCGAACAGGCCGCAAAAGACGCCUCGCAUGUCGACCCGAAUAACCCCAUGCUCCCUGCACGGGCGAUUGUUUUAGCGAACGAUCGAGAGUCUCUUAAGACAUUGGGACUAUGUCUGGUAGGAGGGCAGAAGAAACCGCUGAUUGAAUGAACGAUUGGCCGACACCGUACGGAGUAAUUGUAUGAAUUGCGUGGCGGAAAUCUUGGCGCCGGGCUGCGGGGUACGAGACCAGCCAGUCGAGAGGGCUGGCGAUCUACCCCGUAACAGCAAGCUUAUAUCUGAUAGGGCUGGUUGGUUGCAUACUUGCUUCCAUUUUUCGGUCACAGAUUUGGCAAAGCUGUGGCCCCGCGACAAGGUCGACUGAGUCGGCGCAAUUGUUGGAGUUGAAGAAACCUGCUUUAUGGAUGGGAGGAGGCCAAAAAGGGAGACGGGAUUGAUGUGGUGGCGACCGAUUCUGCGCCAUGCAUACGUAUCUGGACGAGGGGACACGAGCUUUUGGAGGAAACGAAUACCCCUCAAUGGUUGGGUUUUCUCGUGUCACAACCAAGGGGCCUGCUGUCGGCGUUUACACGGCCCUGCGGUUAUUCGGCAGGACAUGGCAUCAUCAUCACGGGCACGGCAAGGCAAAGGCGUUGGCGGGGGUCUUCCGGCUGAGGAAACACUCGAAAGAGCCGGUACAUUCAGGCCCCUUGUGCAUUUUGGCGAAGCACGUUUGGAUGGAUGUAAAUAUCAUGAGAUGACGAAACUUGGACGAGGAGGCGAUGUGUGUUAAGUUGAGUUGAGUUGCCAUGGAGAGAGGGAUUGUUUUGUUUGAAGCUGUACAUAUUACUCACGAAUAACAGACGUAAAGAGACAAGCAACUCUGGAGGUUGGAUGAUGGAUCGAGGAGUACUCCCACUUUCAACAUGCACUUUUUAAGUGAACGUAGACUCCAUUUCCGCUCCCCAUCGUAAGGGGCCAGGCG